AUGGUGGGAUUUAAGACUCUUUCAUCCACUGCACCGCUGGCGUUCUCAGAGUUUUCUCAUCUAUUACUCGAGGCCCUUCUGGCGGCGGCCCUCGCAGUUGCAUUGGCCCUGCAUUUCAUCCGUAGGCGCAACACUUCAAAAAUAGUUGAGCCGGAAUUGCCACCGCUGGAGGAGCAACAGCGCCGAAUUGCCGCGUUCCGGUCGCAGAUGUUUAGAGCCGACGCGAAACCAAACGCCAACACACAACUGCCCAACCGCACCGGAAUGUCAGAGGUGGAGGCACGUAAUAGCUGCUACAUCACGCUGCGGGACGAAUCGGAUUCAAGCAGCAGAGAGUACCUUGACCUCGUGACGGAGGAUUUUCACUCCUUUUCAACGCAUCCCACGGUGGUGGAUGUGGCCAAGAAGAUUGUGGUGGCGUACGGCGUUGGCAGCUGUGGCCCCCGUGGGUUUUAUGGUACGAUUAAGCCCCACAUGGUGCUGGAGGAAGACAUUGCCAAGUUUCUUGGUGUUGAAGAUUCCCUCAUCUUUAGUUUCUCCUUUGCUACGAUUUCAACGCUUAUUCCAUGUCACGCAUCGAGGGGGGACUAUCUAAUCGUUGAUGAUGGUGUUAGUCUUCCCGUACACGAAGGCUGCACGUUGUCCCGUGCGAACCUGCUCAAGUACCGACACAAUGACAUGGCGCAUCUUGAGGAGAUUCUGCGAGAGGUGCAGAUAAAAGAAAUGAAGGAGAAAAAGCUCUCAAGAAGGUUUGUGGUGACCGAGGGCGUCUUCAAGAACCUGGGCGAUGUGUGCAAACUCCCACAGGUUUUGGAGCUCUGUGAGAAGUACAAAUUUCGUAUUAUUCUCGAUGACAGUUGUGGUUUCGGUUGCAUGGGCCCCACGGGGCGCGGUACGCAUGAACACUAUGGUAUUCCCACCACGCGGAUUGAUUUAUAUGUUGGAAGCUUAAGUCAGGCCAUGGGUGGAGUCGGCGGUUUCUGUGCUGGAGAGCACGCUAUUAUCGAAUACCAGCGACUUACAGCUGCCGCUUACGUCUUUUCUGCUUCUCUUGCCCCUUACAUUACAGCCGGUGUUUCGGCCGUGUUGAAACUUCUGGAUGAGGACCAUUCAUUCCCCGAAAAACUUCAAAGAAAUGCUGGUCUCUUUCGUGGUGCCAUCCGGAGCGCUGGAAUGAAUCCCGAAAAGAUUACUUUGGUGGAGUGCGCUGGUGAUGUGUCCCCAAUUGUGAUCCUGCGCCCAACCGACGCUUAUGUGAAGUGCCACCAUCAAAAGGUAGAGGAGGAGUUACAGCAGGUCGUGGAAGCGGCAAGGCGAAAAGGUGUUCUUCUUACUCGCCAUCUCUUCUCUAAGGAGGAGGCAUGCAGCAACUUUUCGGCGCUGCGCAUUCUUGUAAAGGGAACAGCCACAGAGGAUGAGUUGCUGCGGGCCGCUAAAGUUAUCACUGAAGCGGUGAAGAGUGUUUUUGUUUGA